AUGAGUAUUUUGCAAGCAAUUCAAUAUAUUAUUCAAGGUUGGAAUAAUGUUACAGCUGAAACUAUUUAUAAUUGCUGGCAGUAUACAAAGAUUCUUUCUAUUGAUACUAAUGUUAACCCAAAUUUUCCUUUGGAUGAUUACAAAAUGUCUAAUGAGUUUACCAAUACUCUUAAAACUCUUAAUUUUUCUGAUAUGAUGGAAUUGGAAGAGUUUUUCAAUAUUCCUGAAGAGAAUAAAUUCUUGAUAAUGAUGAAAUUAUUACAGAAAUUGAAAAAAAAGCCAAAUGAGAAAAAUAUUAAUGAUGAUUUAAAUGAAAUUGAUAAUAGUAUUGAAGAAGAAGUUAUUAAUUUUAGUGUUACAUCAAAAAGCUUGAAAAAAGUGCAUACACAGCAAGAAUAUGCAUAUGAACAUUUAAAUUGGUGA